CUCCGGGGGUCGGGACAUCGUUUUUGUGGAGGCCCUUUGAGCGUUGAACAGCUAUUCUUUGGGGGCCGGUCAGUAAAUCCACCCUGAGACACCCAGUAUCAUGGCUCUGAACAACCCCAGUCCACUUGGACCAUGGAAGAUCACAGUGUACGACCAGGAGAACUUCCAGGGUAAACGUCUGGAGUUCACCUCGGCCUGCCAGAACGUCAUGGAGUGCAGCAUCGACAACAUCCGCUCCCUCAAGGUGGAGUGCGGGGCCUGGGCAGGAUACGAGCACUCCAGCUUCUGUGGGCAGCAGUUUGUGUUGGAGAGGGGAGAGUAUCCUCACUGGGAGUCGUGGAGCGGCAGCAACGCCUACCACAUUGAGAGGAUGAUGUCCUUCCGCCCCAUCUGCUCCGCUAACCAUAAGGAGUCCAAGAUGGUGCUGUUUGAGAAGGAGAACUUCCUGGGACGCCAGUGGGAAAUAAACGACGACUACCCCUCUCUGCAGGCCAUGGGCUGGGGCAACAACGAGAUCGGAUCCAUGCAGGUUCAGAGCGGCGCUUGGGUGUGCUACCAGUUUCCAGGUUACCGUGGUUACCAGUACAUCAUGGAGUGCGAUCGCCACGGCGGCGAGUACAAACAUUACAGAGAGUGGGGUUCCCACGCUCAGUCCUUCCAGGUCCAGUCGCUGCGUCGGAUCCAGCAGUGAGGCCUGCAGCCGCCUCUCCCAGCCUCCUGCUCUUUGCCUCCUCCUCGUCCUCCUCUCUUUUCUUCCUCCGUUCACUCUGUCAUUCCAGCAUCUUCUGGUACUUGAAAAGUAAACCAUUUAGAGAAAGGUUGUUUCAUUUCCAAAAGAAAAUUAGAAAAAUACCAAAGAGAAUCGAGGAGAGAGAGAGAGAAAACAAACACUGAAGAGAAGUUUCAGUCGAUGACCCCAUGAGGACUGAUGGAGGGAUGUUAGGCCUCAGGGGGGCAGCAGAGCACUCAAUCACCUCUUCUCGUUUGUGUGGAACUCUGCUGCUACCAGUGAUGAAUAAAGAACGAACUGACCACUAAAAAUAAACAAAUUCAUGAGUCUGCUGCUAA